AAGCGCUCCGGUGAUGCUCUGAUUGACGGCCACGUGAGCCAAUCAGAGCGCCUGAAAGCGUGACUCAUUCUUUUCUCUUUUUCCUAUGGAAGAAUCGCGGAAAGGCGGGCCACAGGAAGCACACUUGGUUGAAUGACCAUUAAAGCAGCAAUCAGCGGUAAAUAUGUUGUGAUGCCACGCUCCACGCGCGGACGCGGACCGUCCGAGCCUGUCGACGCGUCCUCUUGCACCGGUCCUUCUACUUCGUGGAGCUCUGCGGACGCGCCGCGCUGCAGAUCCAAAGCGGGAAUCUGUCACGGGGAUGUGGACGGUGAUGGACAGCUGCUGGUCAUUGAUUGCGCGUGUAGCUUGACGAUGGACAGCCUGUGCGUCAGCGGCGCAAAACCCGACGGGCUCUGCAGUCAGAGGAGGAGCGGCUGAGCGCGCGAUCAAGCGCGUGAAGAUCGUGAUGGGGCUUUGUGGUCGAACGUGAAGCUCCCACUGCAAUGCUCGCUCGGCGCAGGUGCGUCGAGUCUUUGCCUGGAGGGAAUCGGAGCGGCCAACAUGGGAUUCAGCGUCACACUUGGGCGCACAUGCACGAAAUAACGCAGGAAAUGUGCGCGCAAUGGAUUCAGUGAUUGGUGGUGGUGCGCUGUGAUCCGUGGAGACUCAAUGCCUCUUAGACCACCUACGACCUGCGUUAAUUGGGCCCAGAGAUGGGGAGGCAAAUCCACCUGGAUGGAAGGCUCCUCCCUCUGAAAUUGCCCCCCUUGAGACUCUUCAUGCCAAAUUGAUUUUUAUUCCCACAACUUCUUGCUUUUUCCAUUUAAAAGUGAAGCAAUUUAAAUAGCGGACGAACUGAAGGGAAAUCUAUGGAUGACAGAGCGCGCGCGCCAUGUGACUUUCAGCCCUGACAUUUAUUCUGAAGGAAAACUUCUUCUGCUGUGUGCAUGUGCUGCGUGGCUGCCCCCUUUCCCACACAAUGUCUAGAUCCAACAGUGUCAGCCCACCCGGAGUCGGUGCGCCCGGGUUGAGGGGAGGGACCGAGCACAGAUCAGCGUGGGGAGAGGCUGAGUCUGUGGCCAAUGGAUGCCCAUACUCAGCCAGAUCUCCGCGCAAGAAGCUCACCCGGACGAACAGCAGAUGGAGGGAGGAGGAUGAACCGGACAACCGGCCGCCCGGCCGAGCCUCCACCACCGUCAGCAGGGUCAGCUUCCGAUCCCGCUCGGCUUGGCAGGACCAUGGAGAGGAGAAACGAGAGGACAACCGCGCGUCCACUAAGCGCUCCGAGGGCGAGGUGAGACCCAAGUCCGUGGAGCUGGGGCUGGAAGAGCGGAGACUGAAGCCGAGGAGCGACGAGGAGGAGGUCAUGCCAGAAGUGAACUUUUCUUUGGUGGCGUGCUGCGUCGGCGUCAUGCACAUUUUCAAAUCCAAGAAGUUCCAGUCUGAGAAGUUGGAGAGGCUUUACCAGCGCUACUUCUUCCGUCUGAACCAGAGCAGCUUGACUAUGCUCAUGGCCGUGCUGGUCCUGGUCUUCACGGUCAUGCUGGCCUUUCACUGCGCCGGUGGUUCAGCGGGACCGAGCGUCACCUACGUGGUGGUGUUUUCCCUGGCAAUCUUCCUCACCCUCAUCCUCAUGGUGGUCUGCAACAGGAACGGAUUCCACCAGGAUCACAUGUGGGUCGUUUGCUACGUGGUCAUCCUGCUGGUUCUGGUGAUCCAGGUCAUCGGGGUGCUCCUUGUGCAGCCCAGAAGUGCCUCAGAGGGGAUCUGGUGGACCGUGUUCUUCAUCCAUGUCAUCUAUACGCUGCUGCCUAUACGGAUGCGCGCAGCCGUCAUCACUGGAGUUAUCCUCUCUGCCAUCCACGUGGCCAUUUCUUGGAUGUUAAACGGAAUGGACAGCUUUCUGUGGAAACAGUUGGUGUCCAACAUCCUGAUCUUCUGUUGCACCAACAUCGUCGGGGUGUGCACCCAUUACCCUGCUGAGGGCUCCCAGAGGCAGGCCUUCCAGGAGACCAGGGAAUGCAUUCAGGCCCGCCUCCACUCUCAGAGGGAAAACCAGCAGCAGGAGCGUCUCCUGCUUUCAGUACUUCCUCGCCACGUUGCCAUGGAGAUGAAAGAUGACAUUAACGCCAAGCAGGAGGACAUGAUGUUUCACAAGAUCUACAUCCAAAAGCAUGACAACGUCAGCAUCCUGUUUGCAGACAUCGAGGGCUUCACCAGCUUAGCAUCGCAGUGCACCGCACAGGAGUUGGUGAUGACUCUCAAUGAACUCUUUGCCCGCUUUGACAAGCUGGCGGCGGAGAACCACUGUCUGCGGAUCAAGAUUCUGGGCGACUGCUACUACUGCGUGUCGGGGCUGCCGGAGGCGCGGGCUGACCACGCCCACUGCUGUGUGGAGAUGGGGCUAGACAUGAUAGAAGCCAUCUCGCUGGUACGUGAGGUGACCGGGGUGAACGUGAACAUGCGGGUCGGCAUUCACAGUGGCAGGGUGCACUGCGGCGUUCUAGGGCUCCGGAAGUGGCAGUUCGACGUCUGGUCCAACGACGUCACACUCGCAAACCAGAUGGAAGCUGGGGGGCAAGCUGGACGAAUCCACAUCACUAAAGCCACUCUAAAUUAUCUGAACGGAGACUAUGAUGUGGAACCAGGAGCUGGAGGAGACAGAAACGCCUACCUGAAGAGAAACAACAUUGAAACCUACCUCAUUGUGGGCUGCAGUCAGAAAAGGAAAGAGGAAAAGGCCAUGAUCGCCAAAAUGAGUCGACAGAGAACCAAUUCUGUCACGCACAACAGCGGACACUGGACUGACCGUCCCUUUUACAACCACUUGGGUGGAAACCAGAUCUCCAAGGAGAUAAGGAGGAUGGGUUUUGAUGAUCCCAAGGACAAGCAUUUUAUUUUCAGAAACGCACAGGAAAACCUCAACCCAGAGGAUGAGGUGGACGAGUUUCUGGGCCGGGCCAUCGACGCGCGCAGCAUCGACCGCCUGCGCUCCGAACACGUCAAGAAGUUCCUGCUCACCUUCAGGGAGCCUGACCUGGAGAAAAAGUACUCCAAGCAGGUGGACACCAGAUUCGGUGCGUACGUGGCCUGUGCCUCCCUGGUUUUCCUCUUUAUCUGCUUCAUUCAGAUCAUCAUCGUGCCGAGAUCCACACUCAUGAUUGGCUUCUUCAUCGCCUGCCUGGUCAUCCUGGUGUCAGUCAUGUUCAUCUCAGCUGUGUACUACUGUUUCGGGAUCUUCCCCGUCUCCCUUCAAACUCUUUCCAAGAGGAUAGUUCAGUCCAGACUCAACAGCACCCUGGUUGGAGUCUUCACCAUCCUCACCGUGUUUCUGUCGGCUUUCAUUAAUAUUUUCACCUGCAGCGGCGUUGACCUGCGGAGCUGCAUCAGUUCAGGGCUCAACAUCAGCAUGGACAGCGUGAACCCCUGCCACGCCGCCUCCCUCAACUACAGCCUGGACGCACGGCACACGCCCUGCGGCGAGGGUGCCCUCGUCUGCAACUUUCCUGAGUACUUCUCGUCCUGUGUGCUCCUGAGCCUGCUGGCCUCCUCCGUCUUCCUGCAGAUCAGCAGCAUCGGCAAACUCUUCCUCAUGCUCUUCAUCGAGCUGCUCUACCUUCUGAUCAUGGAGGUGCCCAAAGUGAGCCUGUUUGACAACCAGGACCUGCUGGUCAUGGCAAACGCCUUCACUUCUCUCAAACACACGAACGGGACAAGCUGUGUGGUAGACACCAAGGUUCCUCUGAAGAUCAUGACCCCUGUGGUGAUCACGGUCUUCGUGCUCGCCCUCUACCUGCACGCUCAGCAGGUGGAGUCCACAGCCAGGCUGGACUUCCUCUGGAAACUGCAGGCCACGGAGGAGAAGGAGGAGAUGGAGGAGCUCCAGGCCUACAACCGUCGUCUGCUCCACAACAUCCUUCCUAAAGACGUGGCUGCUCACUUCCUGCAGCGCGAGCGGCGUAACGACGAGCUCUACUACCAGUCUUGCGAGUGCGUGGCCGUCAUGUUCGCCUCCAUCAGCAACUUCUCUGAGUUCUAUGUGGAGCUGGAGGCCAACAAUGAGGGAGUGGAGUGUCUGCGGCUGCUCAAUGAAAUCAUAGCAGACUUUGAUGAGAUCAUCAGUGAGGAUCAGUUCCGCCAGCUGGAAAAGAUCAAGACCAUCGGCUCCACCUACAUGGCGGCCUCAGGCCUCAAUGACUCCACUUACGACAAGGCCGGACGCUCACACAUUCGAGCCAUGGCAGAUUACGCCAUGAGGAUGAUGGACCAGAUGAAAUACAUCAAUGAGCACUCCUUUAAUAACUUCAAGAUGAAAAUAGGUCUUAACAUUGGCCCUGUGGUUGCCGGGGUGAUCGGGGCCAGAAAGCCUCAGUACGACAUUUGGGGGAACACGGUAAACGUUGCAAGUCGCAUGGACAGCACAGGGGUCCCAGAGAGAAUCCAGGUGACAACAGAUCUUUACCAGGUACUGAGCUCCUACAACUACACACUGGAAUACAGAGGCGUGGUCACAGUCAAGGGGAAAGGAGAGAUGAUGACCUACUUUCUCACCGAAGGACCCUCGAGUUAACCUUUACUAAGCGGUAAACCGAUGGGACGCGACCCUGAGGACAUCAGGUCUCUCAUAGCUUUCAGCGGACUGAGUUAUCCCGGAGUGUGCGGUUGUCUUCAAAUCCCUCCUUGCACGUGAUGCCAGUCAGGAUGAGAGCUCAACCUCAGGAGGGUUUCCGGAGCGCUACAGGGCGCGCUCGCUUGCCUUUUAGACCAAAGAUGUCCAAUCAAAACAAGAUUUAACCACCUGCGUCCUGAAGGAAGAACUCCUACGUGCCAGCUUUGAUAGAAAGUUUUGGACAAACCUGCAGGGAGACAUGUCACCUCCUUUUCUUUCUCUCUGUUGUGUAUGUACAUGUAAAACCCCGAAGGCUCUUCGUACUCUUCAUCAAACACUUGUCAAUGUUGUGUUGUUCGGCUACAAACCUCACUUUUCUUCCACAUGAUGAUUUCAACUCAGUUAUUAAUAAUCUAGAUAAAAAAGAGCCACAGUAAGCUUUGCCUUACUUGUCUUAACAUUACAUGAAAUGCGCAGUAUUUAUGGAAAGCUUCCCAUAUCAAUACCUGCAACCGAAAAAGGAUGUCACUGAAGAGCUUUUCUAAUCUUGAAGUUUUUGUAUUUUGGACUUUGGAUCUCCAACCUUGUGAAAGAUUUUCCAGAUUCUAUAUUUUGUAAGUUCAUAUAUUAGAGAGCUUGUCUAUAAACUCUAGUGUUUUCAGGUGUAGAUACUUCAAAGUUAUUUCAGAGUCUCACUGCGAUAUUGCCUGAUCCUGGUGUCACUUCAGAGAUGUUUUUUUUUUUAUUUUGUAAGUGGAAAGUCAACACUCCUCGAGUUCUCCUCUUGAAUUUUUGAUCUACAGGAAGUCAGCUGUUGGUUGAGUAAACAUUGCAGAAGUGAAGGAAUCAGCCUGAUCCAAGGCUCAGUUUCCGUGACCGAUCAGAGGACUUUAAACGCAUCACACUCGAUGCUUGAAAAGCCAUUUUGCACUGUUGUGCUUUGUUUCGCCUGCUCUACAGCCCCCCUCAUUUGCUCCACCAGAUGGUACGACCCAAUGAAUGUCCAAUGAUCUCCGAUGAGGCCUUGUUAAUACGGACUCUGACAAAGUUGAUGAUGUUCAUCCUCUGGACAGAGCACAUGCAGAAAUGUGCACUUUUAUCUGCUGUUCUUCAGUUUUUCUUCCAUGUUGUGUCAUUACUAAUCACAAAAACACACUAAUACCGCUAUGAUUCUACCAAAACCCUACAGCUGCUACACUUGGUUUGGGUUGAAUAAGAGAACAGUAAUAAAUAAAUGAAUGUCUGGACAAUUUUUGUCCUAGAAACACAAUAUUCAAACUCUCCUGCAUUAUAUUUAUACUUUUGUCAUGAUUAAAAACCCAAACCUGUUGCUUUGGAGUUCAACUUAAAUAUGAAAUAGAAUUAAAAGUUAAUUUGAAAAACAAAAGUUUGGGACUAUAGGAUGCGGAUGUUUUACUGCAGUUAAACUAAGGUCAUUUCAAAGUUCUACAAUUGUCAAAAAAAGUGUCUAAACCUUUAUUUGUAUCAAAUUUUUGAACACAAACUCUGAUUGGCCAAGUGUUCUGACCUCUCAGAGCCUUUCUGUACUUUCAAUUAGGACUAUUGACCUUUUGGUUGUAUGCAGUUUCAAAGUUCAUGCAGCAUUUUGAACUAAAUAAAGAUAUUUUUAAAAAAUAUAUUGACCUGGUUGAAUUUUAUUCAAAGUGACACAUAAAAACAGCAAACUUUUGCAGUGUCUUUUAUUACCUUAAAGUAAAAUUGUAAUAAUUUAAAAGACUAUGUUUUUCGGAUAACACAUUCAUUGCUUAAUUUAAUGUGCUAGAUCAAGUAUUAAAAUUCCAGGUAUAAAUCUUGAUUUAGGAUAGCAUAUUAAAACAAAAACUGAAUUACAAUUUAGCCAUUGACCAGAUCAGAUUAUGGGAUUAUUUUGUAUUUUGAUGUCGGUAUAAAAUUAAAAUAGCAUUACUUCUCCUUUAAAAAGCUUUUUUUUGGUUUUUCUGCCUCUUGUCUUAUAAAAAGAAACAUGCAAAUGUCUCUGGAGAUG